UUUCUCCCAAAUGCUCAUUGUAAAUAAAACAAUGAAUAACUUUUAUUGUCGUAUUUUGAUUUGAUAUAAAAAUGGAGGUUAUCGUAAUACAUUCGAGGUUGUUUUUUUGUUUGUUUUUUUCCCGCUUGCUUAUACAUGCGAAGAUAUCGAAGAGUAAGUGAUUGAAUUAUCUAAUCCCUUUCCGACUUUUGUCAUUUCCUGUUAAUGUGAAAGUAGAGCGGGAAGAUGGUCACGAUGUAAAAUUUUCGAAAUGGCACAGUGGUCUUUAAAUACUUAUCUUCAGAAUCUGGAUGAUGCUGUUCAAGAUAAAGAUGGACUGAAAGCUGGUGAUUUGCUGUCCUUUGAGCAUCCACAUGUGGCCAACCCCAGACUGCAGAUAGACAGGCCUGAGUCAGCAGUCCAGAGAGUGUUCGACACUCCACUAGAUGAACUUGUAGCAGCUCAUAUCAGGUGUUGUUGGGCAGUGGCAAAUCAUGAUUUUAUAGAAGGUUAUGGAUGCCAGGCAGUCGUGGUUCAAGCUUUCACAAAGUUCUUUCAAAGUCAGAAAGAUGAAAACUGGUCACUACCCAUCAUGUUCGCAGUGUGUCUUGAUCUUAGGUUAUUUGCUAACUCUGCAGAUACUCAGGCACAGAGAAAGGGUAAGGGGAAGGCAGGAGAGCGAUUGGAGAAAGCUGCCGAACUUCUGAUGGGCUGCUUUAGAGUCUGUGCCUCGGACAAUCGAGCCUCUGUGGAAGACACAAAGAAAUGGGGAAUGUUGAAUCUUGUUAAUCAGCUGUUUAAAAUUUACUUCAAGAUUAAUAAGCUGCACCUUUGUAAACCCUUGAUCCGUGCCAUCGACAGUUUACCAUUGAAAGAAAGAUUUCCUCUAGCUCAACAAGUCACUUUUAGAUAUUAUGUAGGAAGGAAGGCCAUGUUUGACAGUGACUUUAAAAGUGCUGAUGAAUUCUUGACCUUUGCUUUCACAAGAUGUCACAAAUCAAGUACAAAGAAUAAAAGAAUGACUCUCAUUUACUUACUGCCUGUCAAAAUGUUAUUGGGAUACAUGCCUUCACAGAGAGUGUUGAGGAAAUAUGAUCUUUUACAGUUUGCUGAAGUUGCUCAAGCUGUCAGUUCCGGAAAUCUCCUGUCUCUGAAUAAUGCAUUGGAGAAAAAUGAAGCCUUUUUCAUCAAAUGUGGAAUCUACCUCAUCCUAGAAAAACUCAAGAUCAUCACGUAUCGCAAUCUCUUUAAGAAAGUACAUCUCAUCCUAAAUACCCACCAGUUAUCCAUUGAUUCAUUUACUGCAGCACUAAGGAUGAUGAAGGUAGAAGAUAUCGACAAUGAUGAGACUGCAUGUAUAAUUGCCAAUUUGAUAUAUGAGAACAAAAUUAAGGGCUACAUAUCCCAUCAGCACCAGAAAUUAGUGGUCAGUAAACAGAACGCUUUUCCUAAGCUCUCAACUGUGUUGUGAAGUAAAACAUGCCAGUGACCAAACUUGAAAUCUUGGAUAGAAAAUUGAAAUCUUGGAUGGGAUUAUUUCAGCCUGUGCUGGAUAGAAGGAACAAAACUAUUAGUUUAGGUCACCCGAGUGACGAUUGCUAUUGGUCUGCCUCCGUCGUCUGUCGUGCGUCCUCCAUCAUGCAUUAACAAUUGAAUAUUUUUUAAAAAAAAUUUGAUACAUGUACUACCAUUCCAGUGCUUUUCAAAUUUUUUGGUGUAAAGCAUUUCUUGGACAAGGGGGUCAUGUAUUGUAAAUUUCAAGACUCUUGCAUCCCAAGAACCUUGGGGGGGCAGGGCAAAACUGCCAAAAAUGACCAAUUUUUAAAAAUCUUGUCAACAACCAUGCAUCUGCAAGAAAAAGUAAAUGCAUAGUCAUGUAGAGCUACAACUGUAAAUUUCAUGAUCUGAGGGGUAGGGGUGGAGCCAGAAUUAUAGUGAUUAUUGCCAUCAUUUAAAAAAACUACUUUUUUAAAUUUUGCUGAUACAUGUACUGUAUAUAAACUAAAUACAUAUUUUGGAAAAGGACAUACUGAAUUUCGCAGACUCGGGGCUCUGACUCUAGGGCAGGUUUAAUAUAGGCAUAUAGUGUUAAUAUACAUACAUGUAUUAUGUAUUUAGUCUUUCAUCAGUAUGGACACUUUCAUGGGCAUUUGUGAUCUUGUUUAAUACUUUUGCUGAAUAUUAGAAUUAAACUUAGAUAUGCAGAACAGGAGAAUUGUUACAGAUUUCUUAGCCCUUGGGACUAGCAAUACUUUUAACUAAUACUCAGGUGACUGAUAAGGCCUGUGGGCCUCUUGUUAUGAAGAUGGCUUUCUCUAAGGUGAUGGAUUCAAAAGGCAUAUUCCUGACUUAAAAGGUUGAAGCUUGCUCAAAUGAAAUGAGUAGUCCAGAAGCAGCUAUUUUUGAAGUUCUAAUUAAAGGGACUGGUUCAUGAUUUUUGAUAAAACUAUUUUUCAUUUUUUUAUGGUAAACAUUAAAAAUAUAACUCAUUUAAUAUUGACAGCCAAAAUUUUGACCUUCUGAAUGCAAGAAUUAAAGCAAUAUUUUAGCCAUAAAUCUGUGUUAUGUAAACAAAGACUCAAGUCUUUUUAUGUAUACAAUAUUGAUUUUGUAAUAUAAAACAUCUUUAUUUUGCAUAGUCACAAAUUUUAACUUUUAGAUGACACAUUUACCCCAAAAAUGCUUGAAAUGUGAAAGAUAUAAUAAACUUAGAUCGAUAUCCAUUUCUUUUGAAAAUUUUAUAAACAAUAACAUACCGUAAUCUUUGUUUACAAAACAAAUAAUAAACUCUCUAAAAUGAGCUUCUUUGAUAAUGUAUAACAUUAAUUUAUAUGUCAACUCUUUUAAACACAUUAGACAGUAGAUUUUGAUCAUUAAAAGUGAAAAAGAAAAUUUUGGGGAAAAUCGUGAAUCAGUCCCUUUAAGAAACAGAAUCGGAAUAAAUCUGUCAUUAUA